AAAACAAAAAGUUCCUAUUUUACCGGCGGUCGUCGCGUCACUUUAAUACCUAUGGACACUCGGAGUAUACGAUACAUACCAAAUCACAAAAUAUAAUGCUAAAAAAUAUAAUAUAAUAAUAUUAGGAUAAUGAAGAGUACGAAUGUACAAUAAAAAAUAAUAAAAACUAAAUUAUUGAAUUAUAACAAAAAAUAUAAAAAAAAGAGAAGGAGAAAAAGAAUGUUUUUGAUAAAAACUAAUAAAUUAUAAUCGUGAACAUUGUAGUUUUGUGUCAGAUUAGCAACAUGAUCUUGAUUCAUAUAUAAAUAAAUAAAUAUACAUAGAGGAGGAAUAAAAUUUGUACUACGUGAAAAUCAACUGUGACGUUGUUGUGUAAUUUAAUAAAGUAUAAUCUUGACCGCGUUAACAAGAAUUUUGUGGAUUGAAGAUUUUUGCGUGUUUCUUCAGUGAAAGAAAUAUUCUGAAAAUAAAAAAAAGAAAAAUUAUAAAAACAUUAAAAAAUAUAUAAUAAUAAUCAAUUGGACAACAUUCAUAUAAAAUUAAUUGCUAUUUUAUCACGUACGGAUUAUUUACGGAUUACAAGAUAAGCUUCGUUUGGCAUCUUUUCUACUACUUAUAUGGACCAUCGACCGACAUCGCAUGUCUAGGUCAAUGUAACAAUUGAGUCAAGUCAACAAUAAUCGCCUUAUAUGUUUUGAUUUGCCUGACAUAAGAAGGCACUUAGACAGUAUUAUCACCUCUUGCGUUCGCAAACAACACAUCAAAACAUGAGAAAAUCCCUUGGAAGUCUAUGAUAGUGGUUUUUUUUAUCAAGAUACUUUAGAAAAAAAGUCAAUUCAACUAAAUUUUGUAAAAAAUUUCAACAAAAAAUACAAAAAUGGCAAAAAUCGCUGCUGGCAACGAGCCUGUUCCACGAACAGUCUUCGCGGAUGACAUCAAAUCUGACAACAAAACGAACGGAGACACCGAAUCACACAACGGAGUGCAGCUCAAGAAGGAAUUGGGACUACUUGAUGGCGUGGCAAUUAUCGUCGGUGUCAUCGUUGGCUCGGGAAUCUUCAUUUCGCCAAAGGGAGUACUCGAGAACUCAGGAUCAACAGGGCAGGCGUUGGUUGUUUGGGUACUUUCGGGUGUCCUGAGUAUGGUAGGUGCCCUAUGUUACGCCGAACUCGGUACAAUGAUCCCGAAAUCAGGCGGCGAUUAUGCGUACAUUGGCGUCGCUUUUGGCCCAUUGCCUGCCUUUCUCUACUUGUGGGUCGCCUUAUUGAUUCUCGUACCAACAGGAAAUGCCAUUACCGCACUUGCGUUCGCUCAGUAUCUGCUGCAACCGUAUUGGCCAAUGUGCGAUCCGCCGUACUGGGCUGUUCGGUUAAUCGCUGCUUUUAUAACUUGUUUGCUCACGGGAAUCAACUGCUACAACGUUAAAUGGGUCACGAGAAUCACGGAUACCUUUACAGCAACAAAAGUUUUUGCUUUGUUGAUUAUUGUGGCAGCUGGAGCGUCGUAUCUUGUGGGAGGAAAUUUCGAACAUUGGUCAGAACCGUUCGAGGGAUCAAAAACUACGCCUGGAUAUAUUGCAUUGGCAUUCUAUAGUGGACUUUUCUCCUAUUCGGGAUGGAAUUAUUUGAAUUUUGUCACGGAAGAGUUGAAAAAUCCGUAUCAGAAUCUCCCGCGUGCGAUUUGCAUCAGCAUGCCUGUUAUCACAGUAAUUUACGUCAUCACAAACAUCGCAUACUUUUCUGUGCUCUCUAUUGAUCAAAUUUUGGCAUCAGAUGCUGUUGCUGUGACAUUCGGUGACAAAAUGUUAGGAUGGUUUGCAUGGACAAUGCCUCUUUUUGUCGCUGCUUCAACUUUUGGCUCCUUAAAUGGUGCAAUUUUCGCCUCAUCUCGUCUUUUCUUCGUUGGUGCUCGUAACGGGCAUUUACCGGCAGCCAUUUCUCUCAUCAAUAUAAAUUAUUUGACGCCAAUUCCAUCACUUCUCUUCAUGGGCAUCAUAACAAUCGCUCUCUUGUUCAUCAAAAACGUCUAUUCGCUCAUCAACUACGUCAGUUACGUCGAAGCCUUGUUCAUCUUACUCUCAGUCGCUGGAUUGCUCAUUCUCCGUAAACGUCAACCCGAUCUAAAUCGCCCCAUUAAAGUCAACACAUCACUUCCCAUCAUUUAUCUGAUAACAGCUAGUUUCCUCGUCAUCAGCUCAAUCUACCAAUCGCCAUGGGAAACGGGAAUUGGUACUCUUGUCAUUUUGCUCGGCAUUCCAGUGUACUAUGCGACUAUUCAUCAUCCGCAAAAAUGGCUCACGGAAACGUCGCAACGCAUCAACACCGUUUGUCAGAAACUCUUUUUAUGUGUGCCGAAUCAAGAAAAAAUUGAUUAAACGGCUUUUUUAGUUUUACAGAACUUUUAUC